AUUACCAUCCCUCCUAUUUCCUACACUCUGAUUUUAUAGAUCUUCCCUUCCCUUCAUCAUUCUUCUCCAAACUCACUUCAAUACGUAAUAUUUUUCACUUUUUCACACACACCCCUCUUACUAUCUACACUGUUUUUUUCAUUACACAACACAAACACAAACACACGUUAUAACUUCUCUUCUCCCCUGACUUCUAUACACACACGCACUAUAACACACACAUAAGUAUAUUAUAAUAUUAUUAUUACUUUUUUUUUUCUUGUUGUUGUGCAUCGAUGCCGGAUCAUCGGCAGGUGAAGAGGAAUGUUGGUGUUUCCGAUUCAUCCAAUCCUUCUGUUGAUCAUGUUCAAGAAGGUAUGAGGAGACUGAGAGUUAGUGAGAAAGAGGAUGAUGUUGGCGAUGAUGAUUCAGGCAUUUUUCCGGAUCGUCCCGGUGAACCGGAUUGCUUGUAUUAUCUCAGGACCGGAAUGUGUGGUUAUGGUGCUACUUGUCGAUUUAAUCAUCCUUCUAAAAUAGACCUCAAGAUUGGUCAAUCUGGAGGUGAACUUCCUCAGAGAAUUGGACAGCCAGACUGUGAGUAUUUCUUGAAGACAGGUAUGUGCAAAUAUGGAUCAUCGUGCAAGUAUCAUCAUCGACUGGAUAGGAAUGGUGCUGGACCAGUUAUACUGAAUACUCUGGGACUUCCUAUGCGUCAGGAUGAGAAGCCGUGUGCCUAUUACAUGCGCACUGGAGCUUGUAAGUUUGGAAUUGCGUGCAAAUUUCAUCAUCCUCAACCGGAUCCUGCCGUUUCUGUAACUGGGCCAUCUCAUUACGGAUCUACUGAUUCAUCUGGUCUAUCUUAUGGAGGUGGACUUCCUGCAUGGUCGUUACCCAAAACAACAUACUUGUCUGCUUCUCACUCAGGAGGUCUGCAGACCUACAUGCCAGUUAUUUAUCCUCCCUCUCAAGAAUUGGUAUCUGCACCAGAAUGGAACCCUUACAUGAGUAGCAUGAGCCCUGCCCCAUCUACCAAUGUUUAUGGUGAAUCGGGAUUCAGCGGACAGAUACCUCUUUCAUAUUCAGGAGUUUCUCAUUUGCCAGAGAGACCUGAUCAACCAGAAUGUCGGCACUUUAUGAAUCAUGGAAGUUGCAAAUAUGGGAUGGACUGCAAGUAUAAUCACCCGAGAGAAAAAUAUACCCAAUUGGCAGCUGGUUCUCUAGGUCCACUUGGCCUUCCUCUAAGACCUGGGCAAGCCGUAUGUUCAUAUUACAGCAUGUACGGGCUUUGCAAAUUUGGCCCCGCUUGUAGAUACGAUCACCCUUUGCUGGGAUAUACAUAUAAUUAUGGUUCGAAUCUGCCUACUUUAUCUAUACAUUCGACAAGCUUUUCUUAUCAAAGAACUUCACCGGCAAUUCAUUCAUCGGAGACAUCUCCCUCGAAGUCCCCAAAUAUUCCUAACUUGACAGAACAAGAAGCUGCAAGCAAAAAGAAGUCAGAUGCUAAACCCCCAGAAGAUUCUCCUGAACAAGCUAGGUCUCCCUCAGCUUCAGCAGAGGUUCCAGAAGCUCACUCAGAUUAAGGAUUUACACACCCUUGUUUCUUUUGCCAUUCCAGAUUGCUGAGGAUUUUUCUGUUUGUCCUUGUUACUGAUUUUUUCGGAAUGGUUUAUAACUUGUGCCUGAUGAACCCCCAGUUGCCUGCUACAUUUUUUUUGUUGGGAGCUA